UAGAAAUAUGAUCAUGGAACCUAAUUACGAUUACUUUCGGACCGAGGGCCAGUUGGAAACCGGUGUGUACAUAUGGAUUAUCGUAUCUCCAAUGUUGAUAUGUUUUGGUCUUAUUGGAAACACUUUGUCGAUCAUAGUCUUGUCAAAAAAGCGCUUCGCUAAGAUGGUAUCCACGACGUAUCUUCUGGGACUCUCCUUUGUGGACAUGGCGGUGCUAAUAGUCGGCUUGCUACGUCAGUGGGUCAAGUACACGUUCGAAUAUGAUGUCAGGUUUACGUACGACGCUGUGUGUAAGAUACACGCAUGGUUGGUAUACGUUUUAGCCGACUGCUCGGUAUGGAUAUUGGUGAUGAUUACGGUAGAACGAGUUUUGGCAACGCUGUUGCCGCAUAGAAGCAAAAGUCUAUGCUCAAAUCGUGCACCCAAAAUAGUGUUGUUUUGUAUCGUCAUCGCGUCUUUAGCGGUGAACGUCAAUAUUUUGGUUGGGUACAGGUUGGUUGAACUGAAUGGGAAUGCUACUCACACAUCACAAUGCAAGCCUCACGAUGGUGGGUAUGAGGAUUUUUACGACCAAACGUGGCAUUGGAUCGACCUUGCCAAAUUCUCUCUUGUUCCGUUUGUCAUUUUGUCGUCAGGAAACGCGUGUAUUGUGUACAAAGUUGUUCAGAGCGGACAUAAAAUGAUGAGGUCAUCAACGACGUCAGCUAGCACGCGAGGAAGUACACAGCAAAGGAACGCACGAACGUCCAACAUGAGUGUUCUCUUAGUUUGUCUAAACGUUGUGUUUAUUGUGUGCACGCUUCCGAUAUGUAUUUACUUCAUAGGGAAUAGAUAUUGGAUUCCACAAGAAGUUCCGCUUCACAUAAAGCUUAAAGACCCUUGGUGGGCAGUCGUGAAUAUGCUUUUAUACACAAAUAAUGCAUGUAACUUUGUUAUGUACUGCUUUAUGGGAUCCCGUUUUCGCAACGAGGUCAAAACACUUUUUGAUUGCGCAUGCGCCUUCACGUGCAUGCGCAAAGAAACUGAAACGACCUCGCAUACUUCGGAUCAUACUCACAGUAAUGGUAAUUCGGAAAGGAGAGAAAUGCAUUCUAACAUAUAGAACGUGCAGACAGUUUGGUAAAUACUGAGAAGCUCAUAAUUCUCAUCUUUAUUUUGUGUAUUGCAGACUAUGCAAUUGUGGUUGUUCGGUGUGUUCGUAAAACUAUUAAUUCACCAGAAGGCGACUACAUAGUAUUACAGAACAUCAGUUCACGUGUUAUGUAAAUGGUAUUGCCUCUUCGCAUCCGCCCUCAGGGGACGACAGCCCACCUUGUACUAUUUAACGAACAUAAACUAGUAAAGUAGUGUGUCGGUUAUCUGAUUAGCGCAGGUGUUGUUAUACGUGCAACUUAGUACAAUCCCCGAUCCGACGCACGAUUGAGGUCAACACGCCUGACAGGUGGACUUCCAUCCGGAUACUCCGGCUACCCUCGAUAGCACAAGACCACACACAAAUACGUAUCUUCGGUUAAAACUUAUUAUCUAGAAAUCUCAGCUAUAGUUAAAAAUGCAUCGCACCUUUCGCGAGUCUAGUAAGUUGAUAAGAUAGGAGUGCUAAGACACGAUCCGGGUCAUCACUUAGUGCAGUCUCAGGCGAAAAAGGACCUAAUAAAUUUCGCAUAAUAUUUA